UUUUCAAGGACAAAAGCAUAUAGAAGAAACACAAAUAAUAGAGAUAAUGGUGAGGACCUAUACCUUCCAUGUGUUAAUGUUAACAUUGUUGGUGACUACAUCUAUAUCAUCCCAAAUUGAUGCUGCGUGUGAUGCAACACAAAUUUCUGAAGAUUUGCAAUAUUGUGGCGAAUCUCUGAUUCUUGGUUAUCCAUGGAGUCCUCCAUCAAAACUUUGUUGCAGAAAUAUACAAAGAAACAAGAUGAAAUGUAUAUGCCAAAGUGUUACAAAAGUUUUCUUGCAAAACUAUGACGUAAAUAGGCUUCCCAAACUCUCUCAUGCUUGCGGCGACAUUUUAGUCCCUGGGUCUUACUGUGGAAUUUAUAAAGUUCCUGGUGAUGCAUGAGAUCAGAAACCUGCAUUGGAAUAGUUCAACUCUCUUUCUCAUAUCUCUAUCUAAUUCAUUAGAAUUACUAUGUUGAAAAGAGUACUAUUUUCAUGGUUAAAAAUAAUGACUAGAUAUUCUAUUAUAAAUUGGGGUUUUCUUAGUUAUUUUGUUUUUAUAUAAGUGUUCUAUUCGAGAACACUCAAUUUGGAGAAGGAAAAAAAUGGGAAUCGUAGUCGCCGGCUUUGGUGGCAUCACUGUACUACAGUAGAC